UCCUUUUUAAUCUCUUGUAUCUUUUCUCCCCCUCACUCUCAAACUUUCAUUCAUAAUUAUAAAAACCUGCAAGAAUAAAAUAAGCGUGUUAUCUUUGUGUUGUAUUCUUUUGAAGAACGAUCAGAUCGACAAGAAUGAAUCUUCAUUUUCUCAAUUCUUUUUCAUAGAGAUGAUGUGAAUUUUUAAAGAGAGAGAGACAAAGGAUUAAAGUUUGAUCUAUUGUGGUUUUGAAAAUAUAUACAAGCAAUAGGGAGGCCAAAGAUGUCAUCGUCAAAUUCUCCAUGUGCAGCAUGCAAAUUCUUGCGUCGAAAAUGCACGCAAGAAUGCGUUUUCGCGCCAUACUUCCCACCAGAUCAACCUCAAAAAUUCGGUAAUGUACACAAGGUGUUUGGGGCUAGUAACGUUGCUAAAUUACUCAACGAAUUAAACGCGACUCAACGUGAAGAUGCUGUAAAUUCCUUAGCCUAUGAAGCGGAAUAUCGCAUGCGUGAUCCGGUUUAUGGUUGUGUUGGAUUAAUUUCUAUACUUCAACAUAAAUUAAAGCAAGUUCAAGAUGAUUUAUUGAAUGCUAAGAAAGAUUUAGCAACAUACAUUGGUCCGCAAGCAAUGUUGCCAAUGCUUCAACACUCGGGGUAUAUUCAGCAGCAUCCGAAUAAUCCGUCUUCUUCUACUAUGAUGGCUUAUAAUAUGCAGCCAAUGGGAUUGCCUACGGGGAUGCAACAACAAUUAAUGAUGCGCGAUCCUCAACAACAGAAUCAGCAGCAAGUGAUGGAACCUCAUCAAUUAGCCGCGGUACUGGCAGCGAGGGAGCAACAGGAGAUGAUGAGAACUUAUGAGCAACAACAACAGCAACAAUUUAACAAUGGAUUUGAUUCUGCAGGGCCAGUAACUGCAACUGGAUUUCAUCAAAUGAGUUCAGUAGUAUCACCUUCAUUGGCAUUAGCCACGUUUGACAAUGAUCCUUAUCAGAUUCAGCAAGAGCAGCAACACGGCCAAGUUCAGGUUCAGCCUCAUCAAUUGCUCCAGCAACAACAGCUACCACAACAACCACAGACACCGCAACAAUCACAGACACCACAACAACAACAGAGUGCAAAAAGUGAAGAGGAAAGGAGCAUUGGUCCUUCAUGUUGAUCUCCAAUGUCAGUUGAAGAUUUUUUUCUUUCAACAUUUUUUUAAAUCUUGUUUACAAAGAAGAUGAAGAUGGAAAUGAGAAUAUCCAAGUCUAGAUGGUGAAAAGUGGCAAGUAUCUGGCCUUCUUUUUAGAUUUUUGUUUCUUGUCAGUUGUCAACCCCCCCCCCCCCCCGGCCCUUUUGAGUUGUUGAAGGCCAUGAUUUAAUUAUUGUGGGAGGUGAAUUUUUGGAACAUAGAAAAUAAGUACUAUUGUCUUUCAUUUACCUAUGGGUGCUGACUUUGUGCAGCAAUCAUACAGAUUUAUUCAUACAGUUGCAUUGUUUUUUUCUGUUCCUUUGUAAUUCAGAUUUCUUUAAUA